UUACGUUACGGCUUCCGUAGCAUGGAUGUUAGGAAAAAGCCGACUCAACGUGUUAUUUGUUUUUAGCUGACUUGCUAGUUAGCUUCAGUUUCGUCGAGGUCUUUCUCGGAAAUAUCGUCCAAACAAUGGCUUCCUUUGCUGCGACCCAGGACGGACUAUCGGACCCUGCUGGAAUCCAAGAGGAGCCCUCAAGUCUUCGCUGUAAAAAGUGCCGAAGACGUGUCGUCGACUCGUCGUGCCUGAUUUCAGACUCCGAGGACCUCGUGGCUGGAUGCACAGUGUGGCAUGUGGAUGUUGAUGCACUGCCUGAUUGGAUCCUGUCAGUUGUUAAUCAGGUUCACUGGACGACAGGGAAGCUGAACUGCCAGCACUGUGGAGCACGUCUCGGUGGUUUCAACUUUCUAAACUGUUCACGAUGCCCCUGCGGACACGACACGACCGUGCACCUCAUUAAAAGCCGUGUCGAUCGGGUCGUAAAGCAUCUGGUCUACUUGAGCAGACCAGGUACGGGUGGAGUACACACAGGGUUUCAGGUUAGACACAAAGCUAUGGAUGGACCAGAGGACAGAAUCCUGGGCUGUGAGCUACAUCAAACCCGUCAUGGACGAAACCCUGAGCCUGAGCUCCAGAGCAGACAAAUACAAGCAACGAAUUUCGAUGGUGAGCCGUCUGUCAUCUCUCCACUUUCCUUGCCUCUAGUCCGUCCUGUACGUGAAGUGAACGAGGCAGCGGCUCACGAUACCGACGCCCACACAUGGCUGACGCCGACAGAGCUGUCGGAUCAUCUGCAGAACCAGGACGGUCAUCUUGAUUCCUUUCCAUCACCUACUCGGGACACGGUCAUGGAACAAGCGGACAUCAGCGACGGUGUUACAGAGGAAACGCAGGGCCAUGCCUGCCCCAGCCCUGUGCAGAUGUUGACCAAAAGGGAGAAGAAUCGCUUAAAGAGCUUAAGGAGAAAGCAGAGGAAGAAAGAACGCUGGAUUCGGAGACAGCUUGAGGAGAAGAGUAUGAGCUGGAAUCUGACGAGCAGCGACGAAGAGGAGAAGGAGGGCUGCAUGUGCGCCGUGUGCCUGGAUGUGUACUACAAGCCGUACAUGUGUCAGCCCUGCAGCCACGUGUUCUGUGAGCCCUGUCUGAGGACGCUGGCGAAGAGCCGAACCAGCAGCACACCAUGUCCCCUCUGCAGAACUCUCAUAUCACAUGUGAUCUUCCAGGAAGAGCUUCACCAGCGCACUAGGACCCACUUCCCCAAGGAAUACCGCAUGAGAAAUGAGACUUUCCAUAAGACCAACUAUUCCAAAUGGCCCCUGCCCAGCUGUCCGAAGCAUUUUCGCAUUUUAUGGGGACUGCAGAGUCACAGAGCCUUGGCUGGCCAGUGGCAGUUCCCUUUCAGAACGUUGGGACUGAACAGACUGGAUCUAGGAGACAUAAGGGGCUGGAUUUUUCACUCUGAUAUGAUCACCUUCAUAUUCUCUUUCCAAUGGGUGCUUUCUUCUUUUAUCAUCUUGUGUGGCCUUUUCUACAUCCUUCUCUGGUGAUAUGAUGAGAACUCGACCAUGUCAGAGAUGUAUAAGGCAAAGCUGUGGACACAUAUGAUCACUAUACACAUUAUGCACAGUUUUUAGAGAGUAAAGAGAGAGUUGUUUUUCAAAAAUAUAUAUUAUUAUUAUUAUUAUUAUUAUUAUUAUUAUUAUAUACAUUUUCGAGAUACUGUUCAGGUCAUUUUGAGCGGAGAGUAACAAAGUGAUAAUAAAAGUGUUUAAUUUAUGACUGGUUCAGUCCGAACCGAAAAAGAACCGGUGAUAUUAGUGCCACAUUCCCUCUUCUCUCUUAUUUUCACUCCCAGUUCCCGUCAGGGUAAUCCCACAGUAUGGAAAGUGACUUUGGAAUUUAUGUUGCUAAUAAUCAAGAUAGGAUGGGAUGUACUGGGGGGUUUUAAAAUGCAUUUUAUUGCUUAUUGUGUUCUUAGGUUCAUUUAUUCAUCUUCCGUAACCGCUUUUUCCUGAUCAGGGUCAUGGUGAAUCCAGAACCUAUCCCAGGAACACUGGGUGUGAGGUGGGAAUACACCUUGGAACAGAUGCUCCAUGAAGUUAAAGUUUAUUUAGUAGUGUAAGAGCACCUGAAAAGAGUAAAAUCAGGAGACAAAUUACAGAAAAAGUGAAUCGGGAAUAUAUGAAUGAAGUGAGGUGGAAAGAAAACGAAUCUGCAAUGUUUAAUUGUUUUAAGUCUCCGCCUACUAGAAAUCCGCUCUUCAGCCUCUCAUACACUUUGGCUUCUUGUACACCGAUAUGUCCUCCCCAGUGUUGUGCUGGAAAAGCAGGAGGGAAUGUGUCAUAGGGAAACUUGAUGUAUUCAGGAUGCCUGAUGAGGAUAUGCAACACUCGGGCACAUUCCUUGCAGCUUGGGACAUAUACCACAUAAGUCUUUUAGUCAGGGCUAUAAAGUGUUGCACAGCAUUAAGAGAAGAUGCCAUGGUUGGAAGCUAGUCUUUUAAUUUACGAUUUUGUGUCGACUUGCUUUCCUUGAUUUAUUUUUUCCAUAUUUAAAUUUUCUUUUUAAUUUAUAUUAAAACGAAAUGAAAGUUGUUUGUGGAAUUGAAAUAAAUGAGCUAUGUAAACAUGA